AUGAAGAACACAAAGACGCUGGUGGCUUCCUUCUCCACCCUUUUCAGACGAACACAUCUUUCAACUUCACGGUGUAAUCCACUGGCUACGAUUCAAUCACAAACCCACCAAUUGCGUCGCGAGUCUCUGCAACAUCAUUCUUCUUCAUCAGCUGAGGCUCUCGCGGGUCGACUCGGAUUUCCCGGGAGAUUUUUCAGCUCGGAAUCUGGAGCCGGGAAUACAAGCUCCGGCUGCUGGAACUGUGGCGAGAAAGCUGCGUUUUUGUUCUGUAACUCUUGCCGUAGCAUUCAACCUGUUGAUGACUCCGUCGAUUACUUUCAGAUUUUUGGCUUGGAGAGGAAGUAUGAGAUAAGCCCUGGAAGCCUUGAAGGCAAGUACAAGGAUUGGCAAAAGAAGCUACAUCCUGAUUUAGUUCACAACAAAUCUCAGAAAGAAAGAGAUUACGCAGCUGAUCAGUCUGCAAAGAUGAAGCUGAGUGGCGUAAAUGUCAAUGAAGAAGAAACAAUAACAGACCCAACGUUGUUAAUGGAGUCAUAA